AUGUCAUCCGACGCAGCAGCUGGAGCUACCGGAUCGGUGCAGGUAGUCGCCGCCGGGUCAGAAGCAGAGAUGAACUCCGCCGAAAGCAUAGACCAUGAGAUCCAGGUAUUUCUAUAACACGAACUCCUCGUAGUUGACUUCCUUACAUCUGACAUAGGAGAAACCUCCAGAGCAGUUUGCUACAUCUUCUUGGCCAUAUUUAAAAGGCAAAAUGAAAAUGUAAAAUUUCAAUCUACCGUAUGUGGUGAUGCAUGAAGUGGCUCCCACGCACCGAAGCCCGUAAUGUCACCUGACUGCUUCGAGCACUUUUUUACCAACAUUAGUGAAAAACGAAUUUUAAAUUUACCUUUUUCAACAUCGAGCAACCAGUUGUGGCAGUAAGCUGCUAUCAACAGAGCGCUCGGCUGAGCACUGCUGAUUUGCCUGGUGGCACACAUUUCAAAAAAAAACUCAAGAGGGCUCAAAAAAAAGAAAAGAAAAAAAGAGGGCCGCCCCAGUCCGUCAAAGAAAUGAAAAGAAAAGAACCGGGUGAAAAAAAAAAGAAUAAAGCCAGUGGUGAACUUGAAAAAUGUGACAGGCAUCAUCUGCAAAAAAAAAAAGGAAAAAACCCCGGCAGAGAAGGACAAAAGCCCCAACAGCAACAAAAAAAAAGAAAACAAUCACCAAAUGCAGAUGAAUCUGCAUGCCACCACAAAAAGAAACAAGUUACACCAGCGAUGAAAUCAAGCACGACCAGGAUGGACCUCUUUGACGUUUCUCUCGCAUUGCGCUGAGCAGUCGCGAGCACCAUCUUCUCCAGGCUUCUCACGGAGGUUUGCCGUUCCCGCUUGGUCAGCGUGCAACAUGGGUCGUGGUUCCUACCACCUCAUCUCCGUCGAAACAAGAAAAGAGCCUUCAUCGUUCGCCAACCGCCCAGACAAAAUUACAUUUUUUACGAGAAACCGUUCGCAUCUUCUUCGCCACGCAUGAUGUCGCAGCACAUCUCCUCCCAGUGCCAGUUCUUCGCUGGAUCGUCCUCUCAAAAUAAGUAUGUCUGCUAUGAUGUUAAAAACAGGAACUGGAACAAGAGAUGGAAUACAUGGAGAAGGAGACCGCCGCUGUGAAGGACCUUUCCGAGAAGCAGGACGUUGACCUGAACGAAGCCGGAACUUCGCUUGAAACGGACGCGCGAUCGGUCUACGUGGGAAACGUCGACUACGGUGCCACCCCGGAGGAACUGCAGGAGCACUUCAAAUCCUGCGGCAGCAUUAACCGAAUCACAAUCAUGGUCGACAAAUACACCUGCUGCCCAAAAGGUAAAAAUAAACAGAAUAUAUAUAAUUUUUGAACUUAUGAUGUUGACAUCAAAUAAAAGGACACUACUAUGCAAUGAAAAAAAUUUCAUUUUGCGUUUUGACGAAAACCUGGACGCGCCGAGCGCUCGGCUGGACCAAUGGUACUGAGCUGCUUCUCAGUAGAACUGGAACUGGUGGGGACCUCCUGGAUCUAGAUUUUAUAAUUUGAUGCAAUUAUGAACAUGAAGUGAUGUCUUAAUUUUUCCACAGGCUUCGCGUACAUGGAAUUUGCAGAUGUAGCGCACGUGCAGAACGCGACUCUGCUAAACGACAGUCUUUUCCGCGGACGACAGCUCAAGGUUAUGCCCAAGCGAUCAAACGUUCCUGGUUACAACAAGUCCAGUAAAGGCAAAUCCGGGAAGGGCGUCAAAGGCAAGGGCAAGAAAGGCGGGUACUAGGACCACCUUUAAUACUCAAUUUGAAUUUUGCUUUUCUUCUUGAGGCUUGUUUUAUUUGGUACGAUAGGUGGAGAUGAAGUCAGACGCAUGAUUGAAUGGUGGUAGCGCCGGCAUGAUGACCUACAACUAGUAUCACGACCACUUACAACAAACAACAUACGUUGACAAGAACGAUGCGUAGAAUUGCUGUUCUCUUUGUCAGAAGCCAAUCUUAAUAGCUCAGUCAAGAAUAGAAAAUGAAAUAUACUAAUGAAAAGGUACGCCGCAAGCUAUGCUCCCGCUUGGGGUGGGAAGAAGGCCAAGGGGAAAGGAAAGUACGCACCGUACUAG